AUGUUUAACAAACCUCCUGCUUUAAGAGCGUAUUCCUUGGUAUUCAAUCUUUCAUGUUUUCUAUGGGGUCACUGGCUGAAAAUUGUUGUGACGGAAGAUAUUCUUUGUCAAAGGGCAAGAGUAUCAACAAGGGCAAUCUUGGUCACCAGCUUGGCCGAGUGCAAGCGUGGCUAUGGCUCCAAUGCCAAGUCAAAAGUUGUUUUUGGAGUUGUGGAGGAGGUUGUUUGUGGCCAAACAGCAACUGGUCAAGCCAAUUACACAACCAAAGCAAGAUGCACCCUUGGUGGUACAGCAACAAAAGUCGCCUCUGUCAACAGUAGAAGCGUCAGUCUCGCUCCUGUUGAAGUUGUCCAACCUGCUGUGCCACAACAAGGUGUGGAAGUAGAAGCAGUGGUCGCGGCACCACAACCACCACCCCCAAACCAACCAGAAGAAUACAACAAUCAUACAAGAUCGGUCCCAGAUGAGCAACAGGCACCAGAACCCAUGCCAGUGGGCCAAGAGUCGGUCAUCCUAACUCCGCUGGAACAACAGCAACAGGGACCACAGCCAGUUGCAACUCAGCAUGGCUUCGAAUGGUUUGAUGAACUAUAUGGGGUUAGUAUUGGCAAUCUCAUUCGCCAGCGAGAAUGGGUGUUGAAGACUCCAGUGAAUGAUGAGAUCUCUGUGAUGGAUGUGACGCUGGUUUUUCGCUACAGGAGAACAGAAAAUAGGUGUGAGAUCCAAGAUUCGGCGUGUGGUGAUAAUGGUGUGAUGCUUUGUCUGAAGCUUACAAAGAGAAAUGAAGAGGAAGAAGACAAAACUACAGAAGGCAAUGGACUGCCACAUGGGUUCCAGCUGAGGAGGAAAUGCUCCGUCUUGGGAUGCACUUCAUUGGUGUAG